AAUUCGCAUGACGCCGGCCAUGAACUGAUGCAUCCGAUCAUCAAGUCGUUGGAUUUGUACAGGAUUGCUUCAAUUGAUUUMUCGUAAUUCUUCCGAUUUUCUCGCUAUGCCACUAUACUAUAGUCUUAUCGCWAGAGGAACAACCAUCUUGGUGGAUUAUGCAGAAACGACCGGAAAUUUUCAACAAGUUGCAGCUAGCAUUUUGGAGAAAAUCCCUUCUCGCGAUACAAAGUGCACAUAUUUGUCGGGAAGCUAUCAGUUUCAUGUCAUUGUAGAGGAUGGUUUAGUAUUCCUUUGUAUGGCYGAGAAGGAAUUUGGGAUGAUGCAACCAUAUGGGUUUUUAGAAGAGAUUAAAAGGAGAUUUUGCAAUUCAAGCCUGAAACACAGAGCACAACAUGCACAUGCCUUUGAGUUUAAGAGAGAUUUUGCACAGGUUUUAGCAUCACAAAUGACAGCAUAUUCUGAACCAGAAGGACCUACAAGUGAUAAUCUUGGUAAAGUAAAAAGAGAAGUUCAGGAUGUCAAGAAUGUCAUGACAAAAAAUAUUGAAAAAGUACUAGAAAGAGGUGAAAAAAUUGAUGUUUUGGUGGAUAAAGCAGAAAGUCUUGAUCACAGUGCUCAAACCUUUCAAAGACAUUCAUCUCAACUAAGGAAAAAAAUGUGGUGGCAGAACACUCGAAUGUGCCUUAUUCUCAUACUCCUGUUAGCUCUUAUUAUAACUGCAAUAGUUUUAAUAGCUUUAGCCGUAGAAAAGAAACUAUAGAAAUAAAAUAUGCUAUUGACGGACACAAUUGUUUGCUAACUCAUCUCGUAUUUCGGAGAGUUUGAGUAAAAGGAGUUUUAUGCAUCGAUUUCUCACAAUAAAUAAUCGAAGAUACAACUAAUUGAAAAAACAUAGUCGGUUCCAAAAGGUGACAUYGUCAAAACUAAGAACGAAAGGAAAUAUGGGAAGAAUGUUACUUGCCAAAAGAUUGCUGAAAAAAAAUGACCUUCUCUAUGGGUAAUGAUGUAUGAAAACAUGUUUAGCCAAAUAUGAUUUGAAUUUGAGUGCUUACAUUUCCUUGCGUUGUUCUGAGCUUCGAUGAUAUCACAUUUUUAGACCCGACAGCUUUUUUUCAAAUAGGUGUAUUUCUAUGAAUUUGAUAGUAUGAUAGUAUUUAAAAAUUUCUAGUAGAUGCCGAAAAAGUUAUUUUAUAUGGGUACGUAUAACUACCAAAAUUCGCAACCAAAAUCCAUGUUCAAAAUUAAAUCAUCUUUACGUCUAUGAUAUCUUUUAUGUGAUUUAUCUUCCACGGCUUUGGUAAUUCUAGAAGCGUAAAGAUUGUGUCCCCUGUAUCCUAUGUGGCAUUUAUAUACUAAUACAUAUUGAAACCCUUUUUAAAUUAUGGGCAUUGAUUGAGAUAAGGGU